AUGCCCCUGGGUAUUGGAAGGAGGAAGAAGGCCUCUUUGGUGGAGAAUGAGGAGGCUGAGCCCAUCCGUGGGGGUCUGAAUGUGGCGGGGAUGGACGGAUUAGAUGGGGGUGGAGGCUGUGGAGAAGGAGCCACCUCUGAGGGUCUUCCCCCACCACCAAGCAGCAUGAGACCCAGACUCAUCUUCCACACUCAGCUCGCUCAUGGCAGCCCCACUGGACGCAUUGAAGGCUUCAGCAAUGUUCGAGAGCUGUAUUCAAAGAUCGGGGAUGCUUUUGGAAUCCCACAGUCAGAGAUCAUGUUUUGCACACUAAACACUCAUAAAGUAGAUAUGGACAAACUGUUAGGAGGACAGAUUGGGCUUGAAGACUUUAUAUUCGCUCAUAUAAAAGGCCAGAAAAAGGAAAUAAUUGUCUAUAAAGGAGAUGAUGCCUUGGGACUGACAAUCACUGACAAUGGAGCUGGUUAUGCUUUCAUUAAGAGAAUCCGUGAGGGCAGCGUAAUACACCAGAUUCAGGUCAUUAAUGUGGGAGACAUGAUUGAGUCCAUCAAUGGUCAUCGUCUGAUAGGGUGCCGACAUUAUGAAGUUGCCAAAAUGUUAAAAGAGCUACCUAAAGCGAAAGAGUUUACCAUCCGGCUGAUUGAGCCUCUAAAAGCUUUUGAUAUGAUCAGCCAGAGAUCGGGAGGGUCACGGUCAGCAUCAGGGGUUCAGCUGGGCACUGGCCGAGGCACCUUGAGACUGCGCUCGAAAGGUCCUGCUACUGUGGAAGAACUGCCAUCUGCAUUUGAGGAAAAAGCCAUUGAAAAAGUGGACGACUUAUUGGAAAGCUACAUGGGCAUCAGAGACAGCGAGCUGGCGGCAACCAUGGUGGAGCUGGGGAAGGACAAAAAGAACCCAGAUGAGUUUGCGGAGGCUUUAGAUGAGACCCUGGGAGAUUUUGCCUUCCCGGAUGAGUUUGUAUUCGACGUGUGGGGGGCCAUCGGCGACGCCAAGCCUGGAAAACUGUCCAUUUCCCAAAGCCCAAAAGUGGCCUCCACUCUACGGGCGAGGGCCGUAUCCUCCCGCUCAAGCUCCAUGCUGGAAGAGGAGCUGUCCUGUCCAGUCUGCUGUGACAUCUUCAAGGACCCUGUGGUCCUCAAGUGCAGCCACAGUUUCUGUAGGUCUUGUCUUCAAGAGUUUUGGAACAAGAAAAAAGCCAGACGUGACUGUCCAACCUGCAGGAGAAAGUGCUCUCUUACUGAGCCGACCGUGAGCCUGGCGUUGAAGAAUGUGGCAGACACUUUUCUGAGGAAACAGGAGCGAAAAGUGGCAGGGGCAAAGAAAGAGACACCUGAGGAGAAGUGUGCUGCUCACGGAGAAGUCCUCAAACUUUUCUGCUGCAACGACUUUGAGGUUUUGUGCUGCGUUUGUCACACUUCCAAAAAGCACCUUGGCCACAGAGUUUGCCCCCUGGACGAGGGAGCUCAAGAUCUGAAGUCAGAGCUGAAAAAUGAGCUGGUUUCUCUGAAGAAGAACCUGCGACGCCUGUAUGAAGCCAAGCAGGAGUGUGAUGACACAACUGUCCACAUAAAGAACCAGACCCAGGAGACGGAGAAACAGAUCAGGCAGGAGUUUGAGGAGCUACGGGCGUUUCUGCAGCAGGAGGAGGAGAGGAGAGUGUCAGCGCUGCAGCAGGAGGACGAGGAGAAGAAGGAGCAGGUGAAGAAGAAAGCAGACAGCAUCACCAGGGACAUCCUCACCUACUCUCACGCCGUCAUGGCCAUUGAGAACGAGAUGGCUGCAAGCGACGCCCAGUUCCUUCAGAAUUACAUCAGCCUAAAAAAGAGAGCGCAGCUUACCUUCAAAGAACCAGAGAAAAUCCCCGGUGUCCUCAUUAAUGUGGCCCAGCACGUUGGCUCCCUCAAGUAUCAUGUGUGGGAGAAGUUGGUGGAAGUGGUCGAGUACACCCCCAUCACCUUGGACCCCAACACUGCUUACUCGUGGUUGUCCCUGUCGAAAGACCUCACCUCAGUCUCUAACAGUGGCUCUAUGAAGAAACUACCUGACAACCCAGAGCGCUUUGGUCACUUUGUGUUCGUCCUGGGCUCAGAGGGCUUCACUUCGGGACGCCACGCCUGGGAGGUGGAGGUGGGGGACAAGGUGGACUGGAUGCUCGGUGUGGUGAGAGAGUCAGUGGUCAGGAAGGGUCCUAUAUCUGGCUGUCCUGAAGGAGGGUUUUGGAUGAUCUCUUACUGUGAGGGAGCGUAUUCUGCCAUGACCAGACCCAGCACCGCUCUCACCCCGGACUCUCCCCUGUCCCGCCUCAGGGUACAGCUGGAUUAUGACGCAGGGGAGGUCACAUUCUCCAACCCCAUCACCAUGACGACUAUCUACACCUUUCACAACUUUUUUACUCAGAAGAUGUUUCCGUUCUUUUGCCCUGGAGCCAACAUCAGUGGUAAUAACCCCAAACCCCUGAAGAUUUGCCCUGUCAAAGUGGCUGUGUGGAACAGUGCCACCUGGUGA